ACUGUUUUGAUCCAUGCGAUCUUCUCUUUGGAGAUUUACACAAAUAGCUGGGCUGUGCACAUACCUGAUGGCUCUGUAGAGGCAGAACGUAUUGCACAGAAAUUCGGUUUCAUCAACCUUGGGCAGGUGGUGCUUGGCAGUGAUUUCUACCAUCUAUCUCAUCGUGGCAUUCAAAGGAAAUCCUUCAGCCCUCACUGGGGUAGAAACAUUCAACUGAAAAAAGAACCCAAGGUUAGCUGGUUUGAGCAGCAGACGCUGAAGAGAAGGGAGAAAAGACAGCCUGAUGUGGUUCCCACAGACCCCCUCUUCAGCUUGCAGUGGUACCUGCAUAAGGAUAUAAAUCUUGACUUAUGCAUCCAGACUGCUUGGAACCGUGGAUAUACCGGACGAGGCGUGGUGGUCACCAUUCUGGAUGACGGACUUGAAAAGGACCACCCCGAUCUCGCAUUAAACUAUGAUCCGGAGACGAGUUACGAUUUUAAUGACAACGAUCCUGACCCUCAGCCCCGAUAUAACCCAUCUAAUGAGAACCACCACGGCUAUGGGCUCUUGCAUGCAUGGAAUUCUGGAUGCGCCGGCUGAAACAUGGGAGACAACGCAGCCUCAAAGAAAGUGCCUCAUAACAAUUGUGA